AUGAACCCAUUCGAUCAAGAUGAUUUAUUCUCAGUAUUCGGAGUGAAUAACAACAACAAUAACAAUCCGAAAAAGCGAACACUCGAGGAAUCCAUUCAACUUGCUGAGCAACAAAUUCAACAACGAGAAUUAAAGAAAAUAAAACAGCCUUCUACAGAUGAAGAAUCAGCGGAUGGCUCAAGCACAAGUUUAUCAAGAGCCUCAUCAUCCAAAUCCAUCGUGGAUGAUAUUCCGACACCCACUGUUAUACCUAACAUGGAUGAUAGCAAGGGAGAUUCAUCUACGAAUGGCCAAUCAUCCUCCACUGAUGAUAAUAACGGCGACAUGGACCAAACAAAUAAUUCUUCAUCAUCAACAACAAUACCAACAACACAUAAAGCCAUCGGAAAGUUAGGAGAAAAGAAUGAUUGUUUGCAUGAAAUUGCACUCCCACCCGAUUAUGUUAUUUCGUUAGAUGUUGAUGGAAAGAUGAUUCCUACUCCUGCCUCCAACGAAGAUGCUUCAUCCAUACAGGCGCAUACCAAAAUAAGCGACGCUCAAGAAAUUAUUCAUUAUUUACUUGAACAACAAACACAAGUAGAGCUGGGUCUUAAGCCACCAGCAAAAAUAUAUCCAUUUACAUUGGAUGCUUUCCAACGUCAAGCAGUUAGGGCUAUUGAAUUAAGUCAAAGUGUGCUCGUUUCAGCUCACACAUCAGCAGGUAAAACAGCUGUGGCUGAAUAUGCCAUUGCAAAAUCUUUAAAAGACGGAAGUAGAGUGAUUUAUACAUCUCCCAUUAAGGCCUUGUCCAACCAAAAAUUCAGAGAACUACAAGAAGAAUUUACAGAUGUAGGAUUAAUGACAGGUGAUGUCACUAUUAAUCCAAAUUCAAGUUGCAUUGUCAUGACUACAGAAAUUUUGAGAAGUAUGCUUUAUAGAGGAUCAGAAAUUCUGAAUGAAGUUCAAUGGGUUAUUUUCGACGAAGUUCACUACAUGCGUGACAAAGAGAGAGGAGUUGUUUGGGAAGAGACUUUAAUUUUAUUACCAAAUUCAGUGAAAUAUGUAUUUUUGAGUGCUACCAUUCCAAACGCAACAGAAUUUGCAGGAUGGAUUGCAAAGCUGAAAGGCCAACCUGUACACGUCGUGUACACUGACUAUCGACCUACUCCAUUGCAACAUUAUAUUUAUCCAGUUGGUGGUGAAGGAAUUCACUUGGUGGUUGAAAAACACUCAUUCAAAGAAGACAAUUGGAAGAAAGCAAUUGAGGAUUUAACCAAUGCGUCUUCUCAAGUUAACAACAACAGCAGUGGUUCCUCUUCAAAGAGAGGAGGAGGUAGUAGUGGUGGUGGUACUGACCGUAAAAAGAGAGUUGACACCUCUCUUGUCAAGUUGGUGAACAUGAUCAUGAAGAGAAAUUUCCAACCAGUGAUUGUGUUCAGCUUCAGUAGAAAGGAAUGUGAAUCACGUGCCGUCUCGCUUUCAAAAUCCAAUUUCAACGAUGAAGAAGAAAUGAGUCUCGUUGCUGAAGUAUUCAACAAUGCCAUUGAUUCUCUGAAUGACGAAGACAAAAAGUUACCCCAAGUAGAAACCAUGUUGCCACUCUUACAAAAGGGAAUUGGAGUUCACCACUCUGGUCUUCUCCCAAUCAUGAAAGAAGUCAUUGAAAUUCUCUUCCAAGAAGGUCUCAUUAAGGUACUUUUUGCUACUGAAACCUUUGCUAUGGGUUUGAACAUGCCUGCAAAAACAGUUCUAUUCACAGGAAUUGAAAAAUUCGAUGGACAAAUUACAAGACGCUUAACCUCUGGUGAAUAUAUUCAAAUGAGUGGUCGUGCUGGUCGUCGUGGCCUUGACGACAAGGGUAUUGUCAUUCUCAUUUUGGAUGAUCCUGAAAUGAGAGAAGAAGAUGCUCGACAAUUAAUGAAUGGAAUUGCAGAUUGUCUGAAUAGUUCAUUCCACUUGAGUUAUUACAUGGUUCUGAAUUUAUUGCGAGUGGAAGAAAUUUCACCUGAGUAUAUUAUGGAACGAUCUUUUUACCAAUAUCAAUCAGAAAAGAAGAGAGCUUCCUAUGAACAAAAAUUACAAGAGUUGGAACAACAGAGAAACGAAUUGGCCAUUGAGAAUGAAGCUCAAAUAUCUUCCUAUUAUUCAUUGAAGAACGAUUUACAAUCAUACUAUGAAUCUCUGAGACAAUUAAUUACCACUCCAUCCUAUUCCAUUCCAGUGUUAUCUGCUGGAAGAUUACUGCGUAUUCAUGGAUGGGGUUGGGGAAUUUUAUUGAAAUUCACAAAGAAGAAGCAUGCAGAGAGAUUACAAGUGGCUCAAACAAAGGCCUCAGACUACAAUAUUGAAGUAUUAAUUCCUGCACACCCACAAAGCGAUCAAUUACCAUACCCAAUUCAAGAAUAUCAAUCCAAUGCUUCGGGUUUGGAACCAAAGCCAGUGAUUAAGACCUUUUCGCUUGCUAAUGUGGAAGUUUUCAGCUCAGUCAAAGUUUACUUGUCGAAGGAAUUGAAAACGAGACAACCCGAUGCUACCUCUUCCGAAUGUAAAUCUUCAAUUUUAAAGUUAUUGGAAACAAUCAAGAGAUUCAAAGUACAAACCGUUGUGGAAACAACGGAUGGAACCAUGCAAAUUGACAAAUUGUCUACCACAAAGUAUGGAGAUCUUCCAAGAUUAGAUCUUAUUGAAGAAAUGGGCAUUCCAAAGAAUAAGGUGAAAGAAAUUGUCGAUGCUAUUCAACAAAUUGAAAGUCGAUUGGCCUAUAGUCCAUUCUAUCAAGAAGAAUUGUCCAAUUAUAAGAAUGCUACAACAAACACUGGUAGUAACCAAAGUGGUUCUUCAUCUAAAGCUGUGUCACCACUCUUUGCUCAAGUGAAACUCUAUGAACAAAAACUCGAAUUGAAUGCACAAAUUGAGGAAAUGAAGAAACUUGUGAAAUCUACGGCACAAGUCGUCAUGAAAGAAGAAUUAAAAAAGAUGAUGAGAGUAUUGAGAAGAUUAGGAUUUGCCACCGAGGACAAUGUGAUUACAGCAAAGGGAAGAGUUGCAUGUGAGUUGAGCAGCGCAGACAGUUUAGUUAUUACAGAAAUGGUGUACAAUGGCGCCUUCUCAGAUUUAACACCUGAACAAUCCAUUGCUGUACUUUCAUGUUUUGCAUCAGAGGUCUCUGGUGGACAAUCGAGAGAGGAUGAUAAGGCAACACUCGCUGAAGAUCUUCGAAAACCUUAUGAAGAUUUAGAAAAAGCAGCACGACGAGUGGCUGAAGUCUCAAUUGAAUCAAAACUUGAUUUGGAUGUUGAAAAAUAUUUGCAAUCAUUCCCAUGCAAUAUGAUGAAUUUAACCUACGCUUGGUGUAAUGGAGCUCAAUUUGUUGAGAUUUGUAAAAUGACAGAAAUGUUUGAGGGAUCCAUUGUGAGGUCGAUGAGACGUUGCGAAGAAAUUGUCAGACAAAUGUGUGCAGCUGCAAAAGCAAUCGGUGAAGAGUCUCUAGAAAAGAAAUUGUUACUAGGCCUUGAAAAGAUGAGAAGAGAUAUUGUCUUCAGCAGCUCACUCUAUUUGUAA